GCCCGCCGCAGCCUGCAUGCCCCGCGCGGCGCCUCGUGGGGCCCCCGCCGCCGCCGCCUGCUCGCACCGCUGCUGCCGGGCGCCGGAGUAAUAUGCUCACUCGAGUGAAAUCUGCCGUGGCCAAUUUCAUGGGCGGCAUCAUGGCUGGCAGCUCAGGCUCCGAGCACGGCGGCGGCGGCUGUGGAGGCUCGGACCUGCCCCUGCGCUUCCCCUACGGGCGGCCAGAGUUCCUGGGGCUGUCUCAGGACGAGGUGGAGUGCAGCGCCGACCACAUCGCCCGUCCCAUCCUCAUCCUCAAGGAGACCCGGCGGCUGCCCUGGGCCACUGGCUACGCAGAGGUCAUCAAUGCCGGGAAGAGCACACACAAUGAAGACCAAGCCAGCUGUGAGGUACUCACUGUGAAGAAGAAAGCAGGGGCCAUUACCUCAACCCCAAACAGGAACUCCGCUAAGAGACGGUCUUCCCUUCCCAAUGGGGAGGGUCUGCAACUGAAGGAGAAUGCGGAAUCAGAAGGCGUCUCCUGUCACUACUGGUCGCUGUUUGAUGGUCACGCAGGGUCUGGGGCUGCCGUGGUGGCCUCCCGCCUGCUGCAGCACCACAUCACGGAGCAGCUGCAGGACAUCGUGGAGAUCCUCAAGAACUCGGCCGUCCUUCCGCCCACUUGCCUGGGCGAGGAGCCCGAGAACACACCCGCCAACAGCCGGACUCUGACCCGCGCAGCCUCGCUCCGUGGGGGCGUGGGGGCCCCGGGCUCCCCCAGCACCCCACCGACGCGCUUCUUUACCGAGAAGAAGAUUCCGCAUGAGUGCCUGGUCAUCGGGGCUCUUGAAAGUGCAUUCAAGGAAAUGGACCUACAAAUAGAACGAGAGAGGAGUUCGUAUAAUAUAUCUGGUGGCUGUACAGCCCUCAUUGUGGUUUGCCUCUUGGGGAAGCUGUAUGUGGCGAAUGCUGGCGAUAGCAGGGCCAUAAUCAUCAGAAAUGGAGAAAUCAUCCCCAUGUCUUCAGAAUUUACCCCCGAGACUGAGCGCCAGCGACUUCAGUACCUGGCAUUCAUGCAGCCUCACUUGCUGGGAAAUGAAUUCACACAUUUGGAGUUUCCAAGGAGAGUACAGAGAAAGGAACUUGGAAAGAAGAUGCUCUACAGGGACUUUAAUAUGACAGGCUGGGCAUACAAAACCAUUGAGGAUGAUGACUUGAAGUUUCCCCUUAUAUAUGGAGAAGGCAAGAAGGCCCGUGUAAUGGCAACUAUUGGAGUGACCCGGGGACUUGGGGACCAUGACCUGAAGGUGCAUGACUCCAACAUCUACAUAAAACCAUUCCUGUCUUCAGCUCCAGAGGUAAGAGUCUACGAUCUCUCCAAAUAUGAGCAUGGAGCAGAUGAUGUGCUGAUCUUGGCCACCGAUGGACUCUGGGAUGUCUUAUCAAAUGAAGAAGUGGCAGAAGCCAUCACUCAGUUUCUUCCUAACUGUGAUCCAGAUGACCCUCACAGGUACACGCUGGCAGCUCAGGACCUGGUGAUGCGUGCCCGUGGUGUCCUGAAGGACAGAGGAUGGCGGAUAUCUAAUGACCGACUGGGCUCAGGAGACGACAUUUCUGUAUAUGUCAUUCCUUUAAUACAUGGGAACAAACUUUCAUGAAAACGGCCCAGGGGGUUGGGAGGACAGCAGGAGAGAAAACUGGGACACCUCUUGGCAGGGCAGAACUGGGAAGUGCCCCGGCAGGGUUCCAGGUGACACAACCUCUUCCCAGGCCAGGUGGGGGAUUUGCUGCUGAAAGGCCACUGGCUGUACUUUUGGGGGACCCUUAGAUUUCAGUUGCCUCUUUAGUAACAGGUCUGGAUACUCAACAAGAGCAAAACAUAAAGGCUGCUACUGAGUAUUGUGUUUCUUUUGGUUCCUUUAAUAGUCCUCCUAGGUGGCCACUGCCUAAUUUUGGGCACACACAUCAGAUUUAUUUGGAGUAGCUGGGGCAGCCAUUUUCAGGUGUAACUGGCAGGAGGCUCUUCCGCCUAUCAAGCUGUCAGCUUCUCUACGGGUUAAACGUGCUGCAUUGGGAAGCUGGGGAUCAAGUCUCAGAAAGUGUAAGCACCCACCUUCUAGUAAGCCUGAGAUUUAUUUCAGGGAACACUGGUGUGUGUGUGUGUGUGUGUAUGUGUGUGUGUGUGUGUGUGUGUGUGUGUGUGUGUGUGUGUGUCUGUCUGUCUGUCUGUCUGCUUUCAUGGUUAUGGUGGGGUGAAGCAGGGAUUUUUUUCUGUUUGAUGUUCCUUGAAUCUUAAUUGUUUCCCUUCCAUAAAACAGGCCUGGGACUUUCCAGCUCCUUGCUGAGGAAUUUGGUGUGUCAAAGUCCAGCCCAGGCUGUCCCCAUACCCCACAGCCCACACCACCCAGGCAGCCUUCUGGAGCAGUGCCCUGGCGGACAGAGCACUGUCUUUGUUGUGUAACAGUUUGUUCCCGAGUUGCAUUUUCUCACCAUAUCAGUGUGUUUUCAUGAAAAUAUGGGUGUUUCUUUAAACCAACAGUUUCUCUGUUGUUUUCAAGGGUCCCCCUUUUGUGGCUAGAGAUUCCUCUGAGAAUCUAGGUUUUCAUUUCUGGGACGGUUGGCCCUCCGCACCUGCUGUGCCUCACGGACACAUGUGAAGCAGUGUUUAAGAGAGCACUACAGGAAGCUCCAUGCAUCGGUCAGUUCCCCAUACCUCAUGUGAUGACCAUUCCUCUGUUUUGGAUCCAGGUUCUAUGGACUGUGACUGUCCGCAAGGCCACUCCACAUCAGUACAUAUCUGUGUACCACCAAGGGGCAGCAGUCCUGCUUCCCCCCCAUCUUUGGGCAAGACCCACUCAGAAUAGCCCAUUGCUAAAAGUGAAUUUGAAUUGAGUUGACUGGUCAUCCUCAUGCUGUGUGCCCUAUUCCUUCUCCUCGGAAUCACAUCCCAGCAGCUGAGGCCCCCCCCAUUCCCACUGUUGCUCCACUUCCGAGUGUUCCUCACAAGACCUGCAGAAGCCGUGGACAGCACAUCUACCUGUUGCUGCUUCCUUGCUGGGAGGAAUAACAAAGUCGUGUGUUAGAAAUCACCUCUCUUAGGCAGACUGCUGCUCCACACUGAGGAACCCUCAGUGAGGGACAUCCCAUUACUAAGUCUUCCUGCACACCUCCUGUGGCAUCAUCACCAUCUUGUCAGUCCUGUGUCAUUAAAACAUUCUUCCCACCCCAUAAAGAAAAAUGUCAUUGAUGUGAUUCCCCGAACUGCUGGAAAGCCACUUCCAGUUCACAUGGUUGUUGAAUCCCUUCCCCAGAGGACAGGACAGGAACCUUUCCUCCAGGAUAGUUAAUCACCUUCUGGAGUUGUAGAUAUUUUAUUAGGAAAGGCCUAGAGCCUCUCUACUCAGGAAUGAACUCAUUCCACCAUGUGGAAAGGAUGCCCUGUCAGGCAAGUGAGGAACUAUGGGAAUUCACCCACCAGUUGUUCGCCAAAAUGUUGCCCAGGGAGAAUCAACGACUACCUUGUCAAGGGGUCAUCUUCAUCUGCCAGCCUCCCUCCUCCUCCGGUGGAUCUUAGCUACCCCAGAUGUCUCUGUGGGGACAAGUUGGUGGUGAACCAUCUGCUUCUCUGGCAGAAUGUGAUGCUAUGAGACAACAUGCAGGUACCCUACUGCAGUGUCAUACACUUUCUGUUCAGGCCCGGACUCAAAGUCUCGUACAGAUUGGAAACAAAGUGUUUUGUGGAGGACUCUGAAUGGCCUUCUUUGGGAAGCUGCCCUCACAAGCAGUCACCUCUUAUCUUCCCAUUGCCAUUCAUCUGUUUCUCUCUUGGGCUUCUAAGUUGGUCCUACCUUGAGCUUUUCUAGUUUUAGUUAACCAUCAGAGUCUAACUCUGGGUACAGAUGUCAUGACAGCCUUCUACUUAAUUGACUAAUUCAUUUACUGCCAAGAAAUGUCUCAGGAAAAAAAUUCUAGAACACCACCCCCCCCGACUUUUCAAUUUAUCCUGAAGUCUAGAGCACUUAGUCCUGCUGGUUUUAGUUAGAAAGGUAUCCAGGAAUUCUUUUCAUUAAGACUCCUUGGUGGAAAGAUCUUAGUAAAAGGCUGAAGCCCUGUUUCUGUUUGGGAGAUGGGAGGAAAAUUACAAAUGAGGUGAAUAAAUCAUAUGUGGAAAAAGCGAUUUGUUAAUGCCCAUAGCACAUCCGCCCAGCACUGAUAUUGCUCUGUGAAUUGAGCUUACUCUAUUUGGCCUAAUUUUUCACCCAGGCCCCAUGCCAUCCCAUCCCACUGCAGUAACUAACUGUGUCUACAUGAUGGGGCCGGCCCUUGGAGCAUUCCUGGAAAGGACAAAAGGCAGCACACUCAAAAUUCUGAAGAAGAUAUUUAUAAGCGAUUCUGAAAUCUUGUGUAUCUGACUUCUAGCCAAAUCUGUUGUCCUAAUGGCCUCAGAGGAAAUCUUGUUUAAUAAAAAGCUUUCGAUUUCCUAGUCAAGUCUUUAUGGUUGCCUUGGGGUGUGUGUGGCCACUUCCUCUAAUGAAAGGCUCUUUGGGCACUAAAUCUCUUUGUUGGCUAGACUCUGCUCUUUGGAAUAUUUGGGGGACAGUGUUUUUCUGGAAGAGAACAAAGUCACCCUCCAUCCACGGCCUGCGGCCCUUUGCCCGGCAACAGCCAAACCUUUGUUCUCGUGACACCUGCAAUCAGAGACGGACUGUGUUCUGCAGUGGUUGCGCUCACCAAAAUUCAGUUCUCGGGGUGGGAAGGAAGAGGUAGAAAUUGGGCAAGGCCUGGUACUCAGCUGUGUACUAGGACAAAGCCACGGAAAGUGGCAAUUUCAGUCACUUAACAUCGGAUACAGCUUUGGGGGGUUUGGGGUGUUUAAUUUUUUAAUUCUAGCAACUUCACCUCUGUGGGGCUGGGUGCUCACCUUUUUCUUACUCCUGAGUAUCCAUUUACUUCUUGGGAACAACUAUAGUUGUAGGUAGAUAUUGGUGGGUGGGGAUGAGCGUCCUGGUACCUAGAUUUGGCCUCAGAUCUUGGCCAUUUGGGCAGGAUUUUCAGUUUACCCAGAGCACUAGAUUGGAAACACUUGGAAAAAGAGUCCCACAUCUUGAAAAUUCUGACUCUCCUCUUGACUGCACCUCCUUCCUUGUCUGCCAGUCUUGUUUUGUUUUUUUUUUUUGUUUUUUUUUGUUUUUUUUUACAAGGCCAAGAGUGGCCAGUGGUUUCUUUCCACCACAGUUUGAGGAUCUAACCUUUCCUUAAGUGACCCAGCAGCCCCACACUCUCAGAGGGAAUAUAUUAAGCUUUUAUGACAUUCUAUUUUCAGUAAUUACUGCUUCAGGGACACUUGGAGAAAGCAAUGAGAGUCAUUAUCUAUGCAAAGAACAACCAACCAGGCUGACCCUAAAAUUGACCAGAUAGAAGAAAAGAGUAAAACUGUAUCUGGCCACAGGACAGAAUCUUAUGUUAGAAACUUGGGUUUUUGAGGGCUUUUACAAUUGUAGAGAAACACUGGAAGUCUGCAUACCGUGGCCCACCGUGCUGAACAAAGUUUGGUUUAUGGGUGAUGUGGCGUCUGUGUGCACACUGGGAUGUUUCAAAGGACACUCCCUGAGCAGCCUGAUUUGUCUCUUGUGUGAGCACUGAGGCAGCUCUUCGUGAGAGCUGAGUGCCCGUCUGCAGACUACUGCUCUUUCUAAUCCAUGAUGUUUUAUGUAAAUAGCUUUAAUUGUUCCUUAAUAUCUUCUUAGAUGAAGUUCUGUUCAUGUAGGAACCAGGUAGAGACAGUGACCAAUGAGGCUGUAAAAUGUGCUGUUGUUUUCUACUGUGAUGUACUUGAAGGACAGCCUUGUGUCCCCCAAUCUUUCAAUCUUCCUUCCAUAGUAUUUUGUGUUUGGGGAAUCUUGAGGUUAUUCUCCAUUUUUGUUUUGCCUCCAUUUUCUUUGUUUCUUCUGGAGACCCAGGGAGCCCCACAGUGGAGAUCAUUUGUAAGAAAUGUAUCAUGUUCUGGGUUUCCAAAAAUAUAGUAUGUACAGUGAAUGAGAGGAAUCUGCCUGAAAAUGGUUUCAGAACCAAGUACCUUUAUGCUUUGUGAUUGUGAAACCUUGACUUUUGUAACCCAAAAAAUGAACACUGUUUAGUAAAAGGGAUCUAUUUUGUGUGUUUUGAAACUUAGGUGCAAUGUUCCCUGGAAAAAGCUAAAGAAAUGUAUAUGCUCAAUGACAUUUUAAAAUAAAGUAUUAUAUAUAUGUAUAUAGGA